AUGGUGUACUCGUCGUGUCUCCCUCCUAAAGACCCAGGGGCUAACAUUGUUGUGAGCAAGGAGGAAUUCAACUUGUUUCACAACAUUGACCGCCAGCUGUUCACGCGUCUGGUGGUGGUUCUUGGGCGCGACACGAGCGAAUCCACUCAUGUCAUGUCAUUCAUCAUGUGGCUUGAAAGGAAGUGCAAGGACUUGAGGAUGGUGUCAAACCUGCUGAAUUGGCCAGACAAUUUGCUGAAUGAUCUGGCCGACGAGGUCGCGUUGGCCUUGAACUGCAUCGAGAGUCCUCAAUUCCCUUACUCUCAUGACAAGAUCUUGCCUCUGGUCCAUAACAUCACACGUGGCACAAUAUCCCUCCUUUACCUCCAUGAGAUCCGCAUGGAGGUCAUCCCUGGUGUCACUAAGUUGCUUAACGAUGUUUGCUUGAGGGCUUUCACUGACAUAAUCCAGCAAGUUCAUUAUGAGAAUGCUAGAAAAUCCAUGAUUUCGAAUGCUUAUUUGCAUCCCCCAAUGAUGUACUAUGCUCCUUCUCCGCCUGCUUGGAUCAGUGGCGGUGCUAACUCUUCUGCUAGAAAUGAUGAUCAGUUCAAUCAAGAAUUCAAAGAGAUCUUGGCCAAGCUACAUCUCACUACUACUAACGCUGCCACUGCUAACGAGAUGAGACUACUGCCUGCUGCAGAUGAUAGGACUAUCUUCAUGACUUUCUCCAAAGGAUACCCUAUUUCUGAAUCUGAAGUUCGUGAAUUUUUCACAAGAGCUCAUGGAGAUAUCAUUGAAUCACUUCAUAUGCAAGAUGUUCAAUCGCUGGAGCAACCAUUGUUUGCUCGCAUGGUGGUUCGCCCGGAGGCCAUGAACACCAUUGAUACCUUCCUUGAAGGUGCAGGAAAAGUGAAAUUCGCGAUUAAUGGCAAGCAUGUUUGGGCUAGAAAAUAUGUUCCCAAGGGGAAUAAGUCACCAUCUUCUGGACCAUCCUCACCAUCUUCUGCAACUGAGACACCAUAUUGA